AGUGCCCAUAACCUUGUGCUGUGUCUGCUAAUAUGCUGCAGGUUCUCCUGGAGAGAGUUUCAGUUUAGGAAAAAAGUAUAAACGUUUUGUUUAGCGUAAAUUAAUUUAAAAUGAGCAAAUAUGUCUUGCCAGUUUCUGUCUUUGGAACUGUUAUUGGAUGUGCAGUCUUACUCAAGAACCACGUGACCGGCGGUCGCUGUCCUAGCAAGGCCAAGCUAAAUGGGAAGACUGUGAUUAUAACGGGAGCCAACACAGGCAUCGGCAAAGAGACUGCACGAGAACUGGCUCUGAGAGGGGGAAGGAUCAUUAUGGGAUGUCGAGACAUGGAGAAGUGCGAGGCGGCUGCCAAAGAAAUCCGGGGUAACACUCUGAAUCCUCAUGUUUAUGCCUGCCGCCUUGACUUGGCCUCCAUGAAAUCCAUACGAGAAUUCGCCGAAAGGAUCAAAGAAAAGGAGCAGCGUGUGGAUGUGCUUAUUAACAAUGCGGGGGUCAUGAGAUGUCCUGCUUGGAAAACAGAGGAUGGGUUUGACAUGCAAUUUGGAGUUAACCACUUAGGCCACUUCUUAUUGACUAAUCUUCUGCUGGAGAAGUUAAAAGAAUGCGCCCCCAGCAGAGUGAUUAACUUAGCCUCGCUCGCCCACAUUGUUGGGGAGAUGGACUUUGAGGACCUGAACUGGGAAAGGAAAAAGUUUAAUACCAAGCAAGCGUACUGUCAGAGCAAGCUUGCCAAUGUUCUGUUCACCAGGGAGCUGGCCAAGCGUUUACAAGGCACAGGAGUCACGGUGAAUGCUGUGCACCCCGGCGUUGUUUCCACAGAACUUGGAAGGCACACUGGUCUCCACCAAUCUAAAAUCUCCUCCACUGUGCUUAGUCCAUUUUUUUCCCUGUUGGUAAAGAACCCAGAGCUGGGGGCCCAGCCCAGCAUCUACCUGGCAGUGGCUGAAGAGCUGGAGGGGGUGACGGGACGCUACUAUGAUGUACUGACAGAAAAGGAGCCAGCUCCCCAAGCCAUGGAUGAGGAGGCAGCUGGAAGGCUGUGGGAGAUGAGCAGCAGGCUGGUGGGUCUGAAGGAAGACAACGCACAACCUCGUGAGUCCGGCCAAGCCGACUUGCCAACACAAAGACAGCAGACACAUGGACAGAGCCCAGGACCAGUUGGUCAAGCUGUGGGGUUGUAGCAUGUCUGUUCUACUGUCUUGAACUGGCAAUGAGAAAAAACUACAGUCGUGCAUUGGCUUGCAAAUGUAUUUGUUCUGUGAACAUGUUCCUAACUUAAGACACAUACUGUACCCAAAAGUUGAUGUUUUUAAAAUGCUGGAAUAAAAUCAUCCACAAGCUUUU